UUAUUUUGAAGUGAUACUACCAAAGCUGUUAGCUGGCUGGAUGCAGGGAUUUUCUGGCUGAAUUACGUUGCAGGAAAAAUAACCAUGGAUUUCGCAUUUAAUUAUCAUUAAAAACAACGGUACUUUCCCGUUGAAAUUAUUUUGCAUUUCAAGUCUGCUGUCUAUGCAAACAACGACUUGUUUCUGACUCGGACGACUGGACUUCAGGUUGCUACAGUGGUGAGGAAGCUCGCUGUCAAGUAGUAGCCCACUAGCCGGCCACAUCAGCACCGCUGAGAUUAGCCAGCCACGUUAGCAUCAAUUGUUGGUGCUGUCUUGCAGAUAUUCAAUUAUGGCAGACAGUAUCAUGAGCAAGGCUGCUACCAUGGAGAUCCCUAUUAACAGCAAUGGAGAUACAGGGACUCUGCCAGAGGAUGACAGCCUGGAGCAGGAUUUGCAGCAGGUGAUGGUGUCUGGACCUAACCUGAAUGAAACCAGCAUUGUCUCAGGAGGUUAUGGAGGACCUGCAGGGGGCAUCAUUCCUACCAGUUCCAUCAAAGGGCCUGCAGUUCGUUUCAACCCUGAGUAUCUGGACAGAAGACGAGCCCCUGCACCAGGACCAGACAUUCGCAUGAAAUCCAGGGGUGCUGGCUUGCCUCACAGCCAAUCCGCAGCCAGUCGACUUGCACAACAUAGAGACGAGCAACCAGGGUCGUCAAACAAUAACUCUGGUAAUUCCACUGAAGAAGUUUCUCGUGGUGUGGCAGUGGAGAAGUUGGACAGUGUAAAGAAAUGGGGCAUAAAUACAUACAAGUGUACAAAACAGAUGUUCUCUGAGAGGUUUGGCCGAGGUUCAAGAACAGUAGACCUGGAGCUGGAAGCUCAGAUUGACGUGUUGAGAGACACCAAGAGCAAGUAUGAAAACAUCCUAAGACUUGCCACUGCACUCACAAGCCAUUUUAAAAGCAUGGUGGAGACACAACAGGCUCUAGGAGACACCUUCACUGACCUCAGCCAGAAGUCCCCAGAGCUGCAGGAUGAGUUUGGGUAUAAUGCAGAAACACAAAAGCUGUUGUGCAGGAAUGGCGAGGCUCUUCUCAGUGCCAUCAACUUCUUUGUCUCUAGUGUUGACACCCUGGUUAACAAAACAAUGGAGGAUACUCUCAUGACCAUAAAGCUGUAUGAAAAUGCAAGACUUGAGUUUGAUGCCUAUCGUUCUGAUCUGGAGGAGUUGAGUUUGGGCCCAAGGGAUGCAGCUGCCAUGGUCCGCAUUGAGAUGGCUCAGCAUGAUUACCAGAUCCACAGAGACAAAUAUGAAAGGCUGCGUAGUGAUGUCACCAUCAAGCUCAAAUUCCUGGAGGAAAACAAGGUGAAGGUUAUGCACAAGCAGCUGCUUCUCUUCCAUAAUGCUAUCUCAGCUUACUUUGCUGGCAACCAGGAGCAGUUGGAACAAACUCUAAUACAGUUCAAUGUAAAGUUAAAGCCCCCAGGAUCUGACAAGCCAUCCUGGCUGGAGGAGCAGUAAAGAGCGCUCAGGGUUCGGCCCUUUGAGAUGUACAGAGACACGCUGGUCAGUGAAGAACUUGACAUUGUGAUUAGAUGGACAAGAAUGAAAUGCAUUAAGGAGUAUGUUGUAGGAUCGAUUGUGGCCAGUGAUAAAGAAAAACAGGAGGUAUCUCUUUUGUAAUGUUUUUCAGUAUCACGUAUUACAUAGAUGGUACAACAGUUUUAGUUGUAUUUACAUUUUUUUGUUAAGUCACAAAAUUUCCUUUUGUUACUUUCUUAUUCUUUAGGUAGCACAAUCAUUUACAUGAAUAUCACUUCUUAUUUAUGUACAGUAUAGUCUACUAUUGUGGAGAUACCCUUUGGCAGUUUUGCACAUACAUUAUUUUGUUGUUUUUUAAUGUUGUCUAAAGCGUCAUCUUGCAUUUCAGAGUUUAACACAUUGGAGGAAUUUCACAAACCAGAUUAGGAUGUUAGCGGGAUCAUGUCAAAAAUUUAAUCUUCUGAGGUAUUUAUUUUUCUCGGGUAUGCAUGACUGAACCAUGUUCCCCAAAUUUAGUUUUAUGGACUUAAAUCAAAGACAUCAGGAUAUAGCAUACUUUUCAAAACUUUAUGCUUCUAAUAUCACCUUGUGGUAUGCCUACCUGAACAGUCAAUUUAAAGUUUACAUGCAUAGAAGGGAAGAUAUAAAUAGUGAAUAAAGUGAUUUUCUUUCACUUAAUAUACAAUCCAGUAUUAGUUUAAUCUCCGAAAUUUUUGUCCUUGUGAUUCCAGCACAGUUACAAGUAUCUGUCUUGUUUACUCCAGAGUUUACACAUGGAAACAAGCCACAAAACAGAUGUUAUAUUUAGUAACCCAGCAUCAAUAUUGUAUGCUUCGAUGAUCAAUACAAACAUCUGAACUAUCAUAAAGAAAUCAAAAUCAAAAUGUACACAACUAGUUUUUGAGUGUUUGAUUGACUGUGUUUUAAUAGGAGGUACCAGUGUGCAACUAAAAGGCAGCCUUUGAGACUCAUUCUUGAAGUCUCAAACUUUAAAACAAGAACAGUGAAUGAAAAACAUGCAAUCUAGGUAACAAUGCAUAAGUCAGUAUCUCUUUGAGGACAGAAUGUAUGUGUACAUUUUUAUUAUUCUGCUAUUUAUUUACAGAUCUGUUUUAUGACAUAACAUUAUAUGUUAUGUACAUUUCUUUUAAAUGUUAGUCAGCUUAUUGUCUUUGUCAUAUUCUACAUUUCCAGUAAAAUCUGCUGGAUGUUUUGUUUCACAUAACUGUGCCAUCGACACAGGUCUGUUAGUUCCGUAUGGGAAUAUCUCACAGAUUAUGUACAGAAAGCUCACUAUAUAUGUUAUGUGUAUGGCACCACUGAUUAUGUACAUGAUAAUACAAUCUGAUAUAUCUAA